UAAUUUGUGCAAACGUUACAGUCGCCAUUAAUCCAACUUCCACUAACGUCUGUUCAAUCUGACUGCAAAACCCUUCAAGCAAGCAUCAAAUGCAAGCUCUCAGUUGGAGCCCUCGCUUCGCCGUUGUUGUUAACAGGUCAUGCCGGAAAACCUCGAGCUUCCGAGCAUUUUCAUCAGAUUCAUCAAAUCAAUCUCGCGGCGGUCUCCCUCGAUUCUUCUCCGACGUCCUCCCUCCCUCCAAGGGUUCCGCUGUUCGUGUGCAAGGGGAUGAAUUCUGGCAUAUGACUAAAGUUCUAAGGUUGAACACAGAUGACAGGAUAGAGCUUUUUAAUGGAAAAGGAGGUCUAGUCAAAGGGUGCAUAGAAAGAGUUGACCGAACUGGAGCAGAUGUAGUGGCACUUGAAAAUCCAAAAUUAGUAUCUACAAAUACAACCCAAUGGCAUGUAUUUGCAGCUUUCGGUACUCUAAAGGGUGGUCGAUCCGACUGGCUCAUAGAAAAAUGCACGGAGCUUGGAGCAUGCAGUGUAACACCGCUUUUGACAGAACGUUCUCCUUCAAUUUCUGACAACAGAGUCGAUAGGUUGCAAAGAGUCAUUUUGGCUGCAGCUAAACAAUGUCAACGUCUACAUGAAAUGACCUUGAACCCUCCUUUAAAAGUUCGUGACCUCUUACCUAUCGUUUCACAAUCGAAACUAUCUUUUAUAGCUGCAGCUGAGGCAACACCGGUUUUGAAUGUUUUGACUUUAUCCAAACGAGAGUCUGUUGGGUCAAUCAUUGUGGGACCCGAAGGCGAUUUCACGGAAACCGAGGUGAAACUGAUUCUAGAAGCGGGAGCUACAGCAGUAGGGCUGGGCCCACAUCGCCUUCGAGUUGAAACCGCAACAAUUGCACUUUUGGCAACAACAAUGUUAUGGUCUGACACCUGGCGACUAUCUGAUUCUUAAUGUGAUUUUAGGUAACUGAUAGAGUAGAGUAGACUUUCUAUUAUGGACU